CUUUUAUUUUCAGGCCAAUGCCCACCUCCAGCAGGAAAUGAAGCCAAAUGCGUAGACAUCAGCCUGGGUUCCUGCAGUGAUGUGUCUUAUCCACAAACAAUGUUCCCCAACUUGCUGGAUCAGAAGUCGAGAGAAGUGAUUGAGUACAGCCCCGAAUACAUCCUGAUGGGCGUCCUCCAUAACUUGCUGCAGGGAGAGUGCAAUCCUGACCUGAGGCUUUUGGGCUGCUCCAUUGUGGCCCCCAAGUGUGAAGGGGGCAAAAUCAUGAAGCCCUGUCGCCACGUCUGCGAAGCCCUGAGGAAAAACUGCCUGCCUGCCUUUGAUGCCAUCGACAUGGCCUGGCCUUACUUCCUGGACUGUGAUCGCUUCUUUGUGAGCGACAUAGAAGGAUGCUUUGAUCCACUAGCCAAGCUGAGAGGAGAGACAGACUUUUCGGAAGAUGUCCUGAGGGAGUUACCUGCCUCCAUCCAGUUCACCCACCACUCCUACCCGCAGAUGGUGCGGGAGCUGAAGAAGACGGCCUCCCGGUGCUCCCACAUCACCAGGCUGUACAGCAUUGGCCGAAGCUUCGAAGGGAAAGACCUCUUUGUGAUGGAGUUUUCUACCAGCCCUGGAAGUCACGAGUUACUUAAGCCAGAGUUUAAAUACAUUGGCAACAUGCAUGGGAAUGAAGUUGUGGGGAAGGAGUUGUUAAUCUAUCUUGCCCAGUACCUGUGCUCUGAAUAUCUUCUUGGAAAUCCCAGGAUCCAGGCUUUGAUAAACAACACUCGAAUUCACCUCCUCCCCUCCAUGAAUCCAGAUGGGUAUGAGCUUGCAGCAGAAGAGGGAGCUGGCUACAAUGGCUGGAUCAAUGGGAGACAAACAGCUCAGAAUCUUGACCUUAACAGGAACUUCCCAGAUUUGACAGCCGAAGCUUACAGACUGGCAAAGAUCAGAGGGGCACGGACUGACCACCUCCCCAUCCCAGAAUCUUACUGGUGGGGAAAGGUAGCACCUGAGACGAAAGCUGUGAUGAAGUGGCUGAAGUCCAUCCCCUUUGUCCUUUCUGCAAGCCUCCAUGGGGGAGAUCUGGUGGUUUCAUACCCUUAUGACUAUUCAAGGCAUCCUCUGGAAGAGAAAAUGUUCUCUCCUACCCCUGAUGAGAAGAUGUUCAAGCUGCUGUCCAAAAAUUACGCAGAGGCACACCCUGUCAUCUCAGACAAAUCAGAAAUGCGUUGUGGUGGAAAUUUUGUGAAACGAGGAGGCAUCAUUAAUGGUGCUGAAUGGUACAGCUUUCCUGGAGGAAUGGCGGAUUUUAAUUACCUUCACACAAACUGCUUUGAAAUUACCAUAGAGCUUGGAUGUGAGAAGUUUCCUGUGGAAGAUGAACUCUAUUCACUCUGGCAUCAGAACAAAGAGGCCCUGGUGAAGUUCAUGGAAAUGGUUCAUACUGGAAUAAAAGGAAGGGUAUCUGACAAAUUUGGGAACCCCAUCGAGAAUGCCCGUAUUUCAGUCAAAGGAAUUCGUCAUGACAUUCUUACAGCUGCUGACGGGGACUACUGGCGGCUCCUGCCUCCUGGAACGUAUGUGGUCAGCGCCCAAGCUCGUGGCUAUAGCAAAGUCCUCAAGAGAGUGACUUUACCCACCAAGAUGACCAAGGCUGGACGGGUAGACUUUGUCUUACGCCCCCUGAAUGGAAAACUCCCCAAAAUUGCCCGUGAUUUCAUGAGAAGAACAAGAGAGCAAUUUGAUCCACUAGAGCACUUUGAUCCUCACGCUCAGCAGGCUCAGUCAGAGCCAAGAGAAAAUGGAGAACGGCCCUGGUGGUGGUCUUACUUCAGCUCUUUGAAUAACCAUAAACCUCUGUGGCUGCUUAAAUAUCACUAAACUUUUUUAAGGAGGG